GCGCGGCACGACGCGGAUGGAGCGGCAAUUCGUCGUGGAGCACCGGUCGCGUUGCAGCACUCAACCAGCUCGCGGAAUCGUCACCGACACGUGGAUAUCGUCGCUGUCAAAAAGGAUUGCACAGUGAAUCGCCAGAGGUUCGUGCAUUGCUUCAAACGUUGAAGAAGACAAAUCAUGGAUGCCGAUAGCUUCAAGGAUUACGCCAAGGAGAUGGCGGAGUACAUCGCAAAUUAUUUAGAAAAUAUUAGAGAAAGGAGAGUCUUGCCUACGGUGGAGCCAGGAUACUUGAAACCCCUCUUGCCAACCGAAGCACCACAAACUCCGGAACAAUGGCAGGAUAUAAUGGCCGAUAUCGAAAGAGUAAUAAUGCCGGGCGUCACUCAUUGGCACAGUCCAAAAUUCCACGCAUACUUUCCCACUGCGCAAUCGUAUCCCUCGAUUCUGGCCGAUAUGUUAAGCGGAGCUAUCGCGUGCAUUGGAUUCACGUGGAUCGCGAGUCCCGCCUGUACGGAAUUAGAAGUAAUCGUACUGGAUUGGCUAGGAAAAAUGUUAAACUUGCCGAAAGAAUUUCUUGCCUGCAGCGGUGGGAAAGGCGGUGGCGUCAUUCAGGGCACUGCUAGCGAAGCCACUUUGGUAGCGUUACUAGGCGCGAAGGCCAAGAAGAUAAAGCAAGUUAAAGAGCAGCAUCCCGAUUGGACGGAAAACGAAAUCGUCAGCAAACUAGUCGCAUACUGUUCCUGCCAAGCACAUAGUUCGGUUGAACGCGCUGGGCUUCUCGGUGGAGUGAAAUUCAGACAGUUGGAGGUCGAUGAAAAAUACAGGCUGCGCGGCGAUACGUUUGCCGAGGCAAUCACAAAGGAUAAGGAGCAAGGAUUUAUACCGUUUUACGCCGUCGCUACUUUGGGUACUACUGUUAGUUGCGCCUUUGAUCGUCUCGAUGAAAUGGGCAUUGUGGCAAAUCGUGAAGACAUCUGGUUGCAUGUGGACGCUGCUUAUGCUGGAUCCGCUUUUAUGUGCCCGGAAUUUAGAUAUUUAAUGAAAGGCAUCGACAUGGCAGAUUCGUUCAAUUUCAACCCGCACAAAUGGAUGUUAGUUAAUUUCGACUGCUCUGCCAUGUGGCUCAAGAAUCCGACAUACGUUAUAAACGCUUUCAAUGUCGAUCCUUUGUACCUGAAGCACGAUAUGCAGGGCUCAGCACCGGAUUAUAGGCACUGGCAGAUUCCACUCGGGCGCAGAUUCCGAUCUCUGAAACUUUGGUUCGUACUGAGACUCUAUGGAGUCGAGAACCUUCAAAAGCAUAUCAGAUCGCAUGUCGCUCAAGCACACGAAUUCGAGGCACUAGUCCUCACCGAUCCUCGCUUCGAAAUCGUGGGCGAAGUUCUCAUGGGACUGGUCUGCUUCCGACUGAAGGGAUCCAACGAAUUGAAUGAAGCUCUGUUAAAGAGAAUCAACGGCGCAGGAAAUAUCCAUCUCGUCCCGUCGAAAAUAAAGGACACGUACUUCCUGCGACUCGCUGUCUGCUCUCGAUUCAGCGAGAGCAAGGAUAUACAGUAUUCCUGGAAGGAGAUCAAGCUGAGAGCCAGCGAGAUCCUCGAAGAGCAAUCGAUCUCGAAGUGAUGGCGCGCUCAGAUAGCUCGCGGUUGCAGGUCGUUGGCGCCUGCCACUUGCAACCAAUCUUAGUUUCAAGUAUUUCCUGUUGCACCCAGCGGCUCUUGCGAGGACCAAAUAGGCUAAAGCGGCGAGUGAUUAUGGGCGAUCAGACAAUUGUGUGGGACCCAAAAUUAUGAUUUUUGCAAAAAUUUUUGUACUACGAGCGAUUAAAUAAUAUUUCAAGAAUGCAGAUCUUUGUUUGCCGAUAAUGUUUAAUGCAUUCCAAUUUGGCAGACAUUAUGACUUCAUUAAUCAGAGAUUCAUUGAAAAUUAACAAGUUACACAACGAAUAAUAGCUGAUAAAAUGAUUAAAUCAAUUUUUUAUCAUUGCAUGAUAAAAAAGAAUUUAAAUUUGACAUAAUUUAUAUAUAUACGAAUAUAUAUACGAAAUAUAUGAAUAAUAUAUUUCAAUGCUUCGUGUGAGCAAGUUACUUUAAUAAAGUAUUAUAUUGUAUGCUGAUGUAAUUUAAUAAUUUACAAAACGGAAAAAAUUAUUAAAAACUUCGCAAUCUCUCAAACAGUUAUAUUCUCUACAAAUUUUAGUUUUUUCUAUCUAUAUAUAUUCACGUUUACAUUUCAUUAAGCAACGAAUAUAAAUAUUCUAUUAUUAUAAAUAUAUAUAGCUGUGGAAUUAUAUAUAUCAUUAAAGUUAUAUUCCACUAAGUGUUCAACGUGAAUAUAAUAUGAAAACGUUGCCUUAAGUUGAAUGCGUGAUACUUGUUAUACUGUUACUUAUGCACAUGUUAUUAUGCGAUUUAUAUAUAUUACAUUUAUACACCACCGAAUGU